CCUCUGGCCCAUAAAAAUGAGCCCCUGGUUGUUCCUUUCAGUGUCACAGGCCGAUCGCCUACCUUCCUCAGGUGACUCUGGCCCCCACCGAUUGCCUACGGCCACUGGCGAAGUUUAGUCGCAGCCCCCGAAGCGUCCCAGGGAGCCUCCCGAGGGGCAGCGGCGGGUCCAUGGAGAAGGGUCCGGUGCGAGCGCUGGCGAAGCCGCGGGACCCCAAGUGCAGCAAUGGGUUCCUUGACGGGGAGCCCCCGCGACCGGGGCCGAGCCGCCCCGCAGAGAAGCCCCCGCGGCCGGAGACCAAGAGCGCCCAGCCGGCGGACGGCUGGAAGGGCGAGCGGCCCCGGAGCGAGGAGGAUAACGAGCUGAACCUCCCCAACCUGGCGGCCGCCUACUCGUCUAUCUUGCGCUCUCUGGGCGAGGAUCCCCAGCGGCAGGGGCUGCUCAAGACGCCGUGGAGGGCGGCCACGGCCAUGCAGUUCUUUACCAAGGGCUACCAGGAGACCAUCUCAGAUGUCCUGAAUGAUGCUAUAUUUGAUGAAGAUCAUGAUGAGAUGGUGAUUGUGAAGGACAUAGAUAUGUUUUCCAUGUGUGAACAUCAUCUAGUUCCAUUUGUUGGAAAGGUCCAUAUCGGUUAUCUUCCUAACAAACAAGUCCUUGGCCUCAGCAAACUUGCGAGGAUUGUAGAAAUCUAUAGUAGAAGAUUACAAGUUCAAGAACGUCUUACGAAACAAAUUGCUGUAGCAAUCAUAGAAGCCUUGCGACCUGCUGGAGUUGGAGUAGUGGUUGAAGCAACUCAAAUAAAUAUAUUUAAUAAAGGGGUGGGCCCUCUAUUUUCUUCUUGCCACCUUUUAGUGGCAACAUUUAAGCAAACUGCCAAUAGCAUUAAGUUAAAUGCACAAAAUCACUGCCACUCAGAUAACCUGAGGGUGCUGAGAAGGGAAACGACCCAUGUAUUUUCUUCAAAUAAUAUGUUAAUUUGGUUCAAAAGCAUAGAAGUGUUGGGAAUGGGAGAAAACUAUGCCCUAGACACUGCUUUUACCACUCCUCAAACAAAAAUGCUGUAGUGCUUAAAAUAAUUUAUUGUACAGUGUGCAGCAUUACUUUGCAAAUUCAAAGACCAACAGGCUUCACUUUAAUCAUGUUCAUUAAACUGCCAGUGACACUUUAUUUUUUAUUUAUUUUUUUAACUGUCUAGUUGUAACAUUAGUCACCAAGGGAAGGUGGUGAAAUAUCUACGUCUUUAAUUUUACUGUGAGUUAAAAAGGCAUAUUUCUACCUUCUUUUUAAAAUCACAUAUAGGGAAUUAGUUCCUGGAGUUGUUUACGAGUUAUUCUCAUGUCAACAUACAGGGAUUUAGAUAUUUAACUCUCUGUGCCUUGAUGAGAAUAUCACACCAUCUAAAGUGUAGAUACCUUUGCCUUUAUUUAAAAGCCAUUAUUUUAUAAGGCUUAGCAUUGACACUGCAAAUAACUAGUACUCAAAAUUCUACCGUUUGAAGUUUCUUGGGAGCUUAUUUUGUGUGUUCCUUGCAGAUGCUUCAAUACUUUUUUGAAUCUAUCGAAUAUUUUUUUCUAAGAAUUCGAGAAACUUCUGAGACUAUCCAUCACUUUCAGGUCCGCAGAACCAUAGCUUCCACAGACAUGAAAGAAUGUAGAACGAACUAAUUGUGAACUGCGUUGUGAGCUAUGUCCAAAGUCUAAUGACAACUGUAUGGUUGGAGUCUGUGAAAAUACACUGUAAUUUUCUGCAAUUACUGGAGAAUGCCAGAAGCUCCCAUACUGGUUUCCCUGGUGGUCCACAUGGGUCUCGUCUUCAGUGUAACUGUUCAAGUGGUCUAGGUCUUUUAGUCCAGGAAGCCAUUGCCUUAUUAAUGAUUAUCUUAAAAUUUCCUCUGCCAGGGCAACAUAGGCCCAAUUAAAACAAAUGAACAAAAAACCCAACUCUCCUGCAAAAAUGCAAACACAAUUAGUGAUUCCAUGGAGAAUUUUAUUUGGCUGACAUAGUACUCUUCAAGUGUAUCUCAGUACCUUAAGAAGAAUUAACUACAAUGCUUCCUUUAACUUUGGCAGUCCCAUCUCUGCCACCCUGUUGCUGUUUGGCUUAUGAUGGGGCAAUAUUUUUUAAAAAAUUCUUCCCUACUUCUAUUUCGUAUAUUUUUCUAUAUUUGGAGUUUCUAAAGUACAAUGGUGGUUGCUUUUGAGUUCCUUUAAAAAUUGAAGCUAACAUAAAAAUAAUCCUGUUUAAUAUUUAGACAUUUAGAGGUAGAAUUAAGCCUUCAACUCAUGUUUGGUAUUUUAAAGUAAAAACAGGUGUGUCUUGGAGGACCAAAGAAAUUGUUAGCUAUAAAUUUAUCUUUCUGAGAUUAAUUGUAUUCCUUUUUAAAUGAAUUUUUGCUUUAAUAUUUCAUAGAAAUGUUCUCAUAAAGGUCUAAUGUAUCCGCAGGCUGUCAUCUUAUUGGUAAAUGCAAAGUAAUUACCUUGCCUGUUUUACUCUGGUCUGUAGUACUUCAAAAUUACUUUUUCAUAUCCAUGGCCUUGAGUCCAUUUUGGGAAUUUUUAAGAAUUUGAUGCAUUUAAAUACACUGUUCAUUCAAUUGUUUGAAUUUUAUGUAUGUGUGUGUAUGUUCCUAAACUAUUUAAAUUAUUAAAAUGUUAUAACUUUG